UCUCACCGCAGUUUCUGAUCUGGGGACCUGGCAGCGGACCAGACAGCAGAAGGAGAUGUGCACACAAACCGCAGGCUAAACAGAUAACAGCACUAAAGUUGUUUUCUUUCCCUUCUUUGACUUGGCCACGACAGCGUUUUACAUGCAGCAAGUUCUUCUUCUUACUGCUGUAAACUUUAAAGUUUUGCGCGGAGCACAUGCUGCGUUAACGAUGAUAAGGAAACCUGAACUACAGUAUUAGGCGACAUGGCCGGCGGUUCCUGUGCGGGCUCGCUUUGUAUCUGCAGGACUCAAUAGUGAGUUUAUAGCGACUUUUACUGUUUUUUAAUACUGAGAGUCAAACAUUUAAAUAACAUUUAUAUAGCCUAGCUCUUAUAAUAUUACUAAUGGGGUUCAUAGUGCCUAUUUAAGUGUCAGAUAUUACAAGUAGUACUCGGUGUUUCAGCUGUCUGCCUCCAUGCAUGACUUCAGACCGACUGUCUCUGGCCAAACCCUCCGCAUUUUGCAACCCUUCUUCAUGCGGAACCCAUAAUUGGAGACCUCACUCUGCCGUCCAUUUAACGCGCGCUCUCCACCGGAGCAGAAAUGAUGCAGCAGCACGAGCGCCUGCUCAAAGUUCUGGUCAUCGGCGACCUUGGAGUCGGUAAAACGUCCAUCAUAAAGCGCUACGUGCACCAGGUCUUCUCCCAGCAUUACCGCGCCACCAUCGGAGUGGACUUCGCCCUCAAAGUGCUCAACUGGGAUCAUAAGACGGUGGUGCGGCUGCAGCUGUGGGACAUCGCCGGGCAGGAACGCUAUGGCAACAUGACCCGUGUGUACUACAGAGAGGCAGUAGGGGCCCUCGUCGUUUUCGACAUGACUAGACUGUCCACAUUUCAGGCCGUCCUCAAGUGGAAAGGAGACCUGGAUUCAAAGGUCGCCCUUAGCAACGGGAGGACAGUUCCAGCCGUUUUGUUGGCCAACAAGUGUGACCAACGGCGUCAGGGUUUGUGCCCCAAGCUGCCAAAACUGGAGAACUUCACCAGAGAGUACGGAUUCGUUGGCUGGUAUGAAACCUCUGCCAAGGUAAGACGUGACUGUCUUUGUCUUUGUUUGUGUGUGUGUCUUCAAAUCACUCUCCUCAUGGGAGGCAAAUAUGGUUUUAAACUGAUCUGUUUCUGUCUCUCUCGCUGGAACUCUCGCUCCGGUCUUUGUCUUUACUCUGCAUGUUUCCCACACCUUAAACAUAAAAUUCAAGGACUUUCCAGGCCCAAUUCCCUCAAAUUCAAUUCAAAUAGUUUGAGACACUAAUCAAGGUUAAUUACUGUUACAACACUGAGAAUUUUUAUAAUGAGAACUAGCAGGCUUUACAGAAGCUCACAGACAAUUAAAAAGAGAGAGGCUUGAAUAUGGGAACACUUCUCAAUUGUGCUGUGUUACAGUCAUACAUAAAUUCAAGCACUUUCAGUGACCCAUAUCUAUUUAUGUCUAUUUUCACAAACUUUCAAGGCCUUGAUUUUCCCCCCACAAAAUUUCAAGGUUUUUAAGGACCAGUGGGAACCCUGUCUCUGUAAACAAAUGUCACUGCAUAUUUUGUCAAUGUUUCGCUUAUUCUUCUGUCUCACACACACCUCCACUUCAAUUAGGUCCUCUUUUCUGUCUACGUUUACCCUAAUAUCUCUCUCGUUCUCUCUUUCUCUCUUAUUUUCAUGUCUGCCUCUGUCAGUGUCUGUUUAUCUGCUUUUAAAGCUGCACUAGUCAAUACUUUCAUGUAAAAAAAAAAAAACACUUCUCACCUGCCAACGUCAUGAAAUUUGUCUGGUAAGGUCACUAGCAGCAAGUCUUUUCUACACACAGGAAGUAGCUCAUUCACACUUUAAAGCCAAUUAAAUUAAAGCCAAAAUUUCCCCUAAACUUCAGAUAAGCUGCCAACAUGCAGUAACACGUUUAUCUGCUGCAGCUAAAAUUAGAAACAAUAAACUGCAGAGAAGAGAAGAUAAAUUUGAUUUGUGGACAAGGAACUUAUUGUGAUACAUCUGUUCUAUUUUGUUGAUUAGAUUUCAUGUAUCUACUUAUUCAAUUGAUCUCUAUUUGAAGGUGCAAGUUAGAAGCACAGCUUUUUAUAGCACUCAAUGAAGAACCUUUAUAGCCUUAAUCUCUUGUCUCUGCCUUCAUGUCCCUUUUUUUAACCUUUCUUCACAGAAAGAACUUCCUUCACAGUGAAGACAUGAAAGAGAUUAACCUGAACACAUCUUGAAGUAAUGAUCCAUGUCACCUGACCCCGCUCGUCAAUCUUCGUACUUGUGGAAUAUGUACAGUAACUGGGUGGAGAUAAUAGUUUCAAUCUGUGAUAAAGGAAAUAAUGUUUAAAGGACCAGUGUGUAGGAUUUAGUGGCAUCUAGCAGUGAAAUUGCAACCAUUUAAACACCACUCGCCUCACCCUCCCCUUCCAAGCAUGUAGGAGAAACUACUGUGGCCACGAAACGCGCAGAAAAACACGAAAGACCCUAGCUAGAGCCAGUGUUUGGUUUAUCUGUUCUGGGCUACUGUAGAAACAUAGCGGUUCAACGCUUCUGUGGAAGAGAACCCGCUCCCUCUGUAGAUAUAAAGGGCUUAUUAUAAGGUAAUUAAAACACAACAAUUCUUAUUUUCAGGUGAUUAUACACUAUGAAAACAUACUUAUGAAUAUUAUCAUCAUAUUCUGCAUACAGAGCCCCUUAAACUGCUCCUUUAAUUUAACUGAACUGAACAGAUUUGAAUUUGUAACGGGUAAUGCAUUUGACUUUGUUGUUGUGGUUGCCGUCAAAAAGAAUAUCUGAUGAAUUUAAGGAAUUAUUUAAAGCUGCACCAAUUUAUAUUUUCAUGUUAACAAUGGAAAAAGGAUCCCGAGGCGUUCCCAAGUGUGUUCUUGGUCUACCUCGAGGGCUCCUACUAGUUGGACGUGCCUGGGAAAACUUCCAAAGGAUGGUGCCCAGGACACAUCCUGAUCAGAUGCCCGAACCACCUCAACUGGCUCCUUUCGACGCAAAAGGAGUAGCGGCUCUGCUCUGACCGCCCUCCGGAUGUCUGGGCUCCUUACCCUAUCUCUAAGAUUGAGCCCAACCACCAUAUGGAGAAAACUCAUUUCAGCCGCUUAUAUCCACAAUCUCAUGCUUUCGGUCACUACCCAAAGCUCAUGACCAUAAGUGAGGGUUGGAACAGAGACCGACUGGUAAAUCAAAAGCUUUGCCUUCUGGCUCAGCUCCUUUUUCACCACAACAGCCUGGUACAACGCCUGCAUUACUGCUGACGCCACACCAAUCCGCCUGUCGAGCUCACGCUCCAUUUUACCCUCACUCAUGAACAAGACCCCAAGAUACUUGAACUCCUUCACUUGUGGCUGCAAGUCUCUCCCAACCUGGAGGGAAUAAUUCACAGUUUUUUCAGCAGAGAACCAUGGCCUCAGACUUGGAGGUGCUGGCUCAUCUGACCGCUUCACGCUCCACUGCAAAACAGCCCCAGUGCAUGCUGGAGGUCUCAGUCUGAUGAAGACAACAGAACCACAUCAUCUGCAAAUAACAGAAGCAAUGCUAAGGUUCCCAUGUAAAUAGCAUUUUCAAAUUUAGCUAGCUUAGUGUGGACAUGGUCUGUGUCUGUUGUUACAGCUCUCUCCUCCCUUGUUUCUCUCUGUCUUCCUCCAUUGUCCUUCUCUAACCCUUCUCCUCUGUCCUGUCUCUCCAGGAUAACACCAACAUUGAUGCUGCCAUCACAUGCUUGGUGAAGAACAUAAUGUCUGUGGAGGAGGAGAGAGCCUUGAGUGACGCCACAGCCACCGCCACCAAAACCGAACCGGAAGGUAACGUUCUGGUUCUGCCUCGCUUCGACUACAGCACAAAGAAGAAGGGACUCGGUGGAUGUUCAGGAUGCCCGUCGUUUAAACCUAGAGACGGAGAAAACGACUGAAGGAGGGAUGGAUGGAUGGGUCUGAACCAAGACACUGGAAGAAGACAGAGAGGAGGGAGGAGAUUACUUUGUUGAAUGAUUUAUAUGUUGUAACUUAACGAUGCUUCCCCUUCCUCCCUCUCUUUGUCCUCACAAAUGCAUUUCUUCAGAGAUUUUAGAGGAAACUGUUUAACAGUUUGGGAUUUUUCUGAAAAAUCCAUAACAAAAUAAUUUAAUUAUUGUAUUUAUAUAACAGCACUUGACUCAAAAAUGAGUUCCGUUAUUACAAAAGUCUGUUAUUUUGGAAAAAGUGAUACUAAAAUGGAUUUGAAAGAAAAUGUGAUUUGAAAAUGUGAAUUGCGAAAAUGAUUUUGGUGCCCUGAACACAACUGUGUUAGUUUACUAGAAAACUCCACAGGGUGUCUUUUAAAAUGGUGAUGUUAGUCCACCCUGUCUUGGUUUUAUAUGCUUUGUCUUCAUCUAUAGUCCUCAGUGGUGUGUUCUCACUAAACUGUACUUUGAAAUCACCUGUCAAACAUUCAGUGUGAGCUUAUUAGUUUUUACCCACACUAACAGCGUGGCUCUAGGGAUAGACAUGUCUGUCUGUCAGUCAAUCCAACAAUUCUGGACAGAUUGCCAUGAAAUUUUGUACAGAUAUUCAUAGUGCCCAGAUAGCCUGUACUGACUUUUCCAUAACUUUUCAUCAAGUGCCAUCAUCAGGGUUUAUGACCUGCAAAAAGAUGGCAUUCCCAUCAGCCUCAGCAGUACUUUAUGUUUAGUGCUAAUUAGCAAAUGUUAGUAUGCUAACACGCUAAACCAAGAUGGUGAACAUGGUAAAAGUUAUACCUUCCUCCCUCCCUUUGUCCUCACAAAUGCAUUUCUUCAGAGUUUUUAGAUGAAACUGAAACAGUUUAGGAUUUUUCCAAAAAAUCCAAAACAAAAUAAUUUAAUUAUUGUAUUUUUAUAACAGCACUUGACUCAAAAAUGAGUUCCGUUAUUACAAAAGUCUGUUAUUUUGGAAAAAGUUAUACUAAAAUGGAUUUGAAAGAAAAUGUGACUCCUGAAAACCGAAGGCAACGUGACAGAUACAUUUUAAGAGAAGUUCUUGUUAUAUAAUGAUACUUGUGAAUAACAGAUCACAUCUUCUCUAUCUCUUGUCCAAACAUUUCGAAGGUCUUUUAUUGGCUUUGAUGCUUUUGUUGUACAAAACAGACAAAUUAUAUGUCUAGUAUUUUGUCUAUAAAUUAAAUGCUAAUUACUUUAUAUAUUUAGCAGCAGUUAUCAUGGUACAGUACUAUGUAAGCAGCUACUUUAGUGAUUCUUGAUUUAUUGAUAUAUAAGGUAAAUUAAAAGAGUGGUUUGUUUUGUAUCUUGAGUGUAAGUGAACAGUAUUUUAACUGUCACAACAUGGUCUGACGAGUUUCACACCCACAUAAGGCAAAAGUGUUGAGUUUGUCAAAGUAGGGCUAACAAACGCUGUUCAAGGCAUCACUUUAAUGUUUCUGUUUAAAGGUGAUAAUGACUUGCUGUGACAAACAAGAAUGCAGUUUUGUAUUUUUAAACAUGUGCGUGUGUGUUAUCUGUGGUGGAAGUCAGUAUUUAUCUCCAUUCUCUUUCCGUUUCUCUUCUGUCUCACUGAUUUUAUUUUAUGUUCAUUACUGUUAAUGUCUGUUGCUGGUGUCAUUAAAAAAUGCAAAAUAGUCAUUUGCAUAAUGUUUACACUUCAGUUUCUGUUCAGUUACAGAUAUUCAGCUAAGGACUUACAGGCACCCUUUGGAGUUUUUAAUCACUGGUGGCGCAGUGGAGCAAUGUUUUAAUGAGCUAGUCCCCAUUUUGUUUGCAUCUCAAGCUCUACAAGCAUGUGCACAAGGAGGCAUAUGUACACACACACAAGCACAAAGGUGAUGCAAUGCACAUUCCUGCUGACUGCAGAGGGCGGCAAUAAAAAUGUGUUGUGCGUGCAAGCCACGCUAUUCCACUGUUAGAUAGUUGGCAGUAAUGCACCAAGAAACAUUGCAAUGUGCCAGUGAACGGCAGGACGGAAGAAGACUGCUAGCCGAUGUAAACCUAGCUGGUUUUAAAAUAUUCAAAUAAUUGGAUUUGAAAAUGUUUUAUGAGAAAUAAAAUGCAUUUUUGUCAGGCCUCAAGGAUACUCACAAUGAAUUUUGGUGCCUUGAACACAACUGUGUUAGUUUACAACAAAACUCCACAGAGUACCUUUUAAAAUGGUGAUGUUAGUCCACCCUGUCUUCGGUUUUUAUGCUUUAUCUCCAUCUAUAGUCCUCAGUGGUAUGUUCUCACUAAACUGUACCAUGAGAUCACAUUCAGUGUGAGCUUCUUAGUUUUUACCCGCACUAGCAGCGUGGCUCUAGGGAUGGAAAUGUCAGUCUGUCGGUCAAUCUACCACUUUGGUCCAGACUGAAACAUCUCAACUAAUAUUGGACAGAUUGCCAUGAAAUUUUGUUUAGAUAUGCAUAGUGCCCAGAUAGCCUGUACUGACUUUGGUAUAACUUUUCCAUAACUUUUCAUCUAGUGCCAUCGUCAGGGCAAAACUAUGACAUUCCCAUCAGCCUCAGCCGUACUUCAUGUUUACUCAUACUUAGCAAAUGUUAGUAUGCUAACACGCUCAAUAUCUUCAUGUUAGCAUGGUCAUUGUGAGCAUGUUAGUAUCAGAUUCUGCAAAUAGUACACAUCUCUCUUUUCAUUUCUGCAACAUUUUUCUGGGUAUUGUAUAGACAAUCUUUAUUUUUUAAAUGAUCAAAACCUUGAAUCAGUUUUCACACACAGUUGUCAUCAAGUGAAAUAUCAUUGUACAUGUCUAGUAUUUACUCAUUCUGUCUUUGUUUACUCACCUCACUCACCUCUCGCUGUUAAACAGCAACAACAGGUAGAAUGAGUUAAUUUUCUUCCAUCCUCAUUUUCACUGCUUUCAUUAUAUUUUGCUUUUAUCUGUAUAUAUAUUUCUUUGCUGUUGUUCUCAUCUUUUUCUUUCCACUGUUAUCUUUGUAUGUAUUGACUGUCUUAUCUGGAUUUGCAAAGUGUCCUUGGGAUACUUGAAAGGCACAUAUAAAUAAAAUGUAUUAUUAUUAAUAUUA